AUGAAGUUUGUUAUAUUAGCUUUACUUGCUUUGGCAUCUGGUCUUCAUGCCGCAAAAUUGGACCUCAAGGAAUUGAAGUUUGUCCUUUUUGGAAAGCAUGGUGAUGGCGAUAAAACCACUGUUGCUUCAGGGUGCCCACUCGGAACUCUUCCAGACACUGUAUUCCUUCACAAGACCUUUAAGAAGGGAGACCAUUUCUUCACAUGGGUUAGACCAGUACAUGGUAAGGUUAAUGAACUAGUAUGUGGAACUCAUGCUGUUUGGAAAGCUGCUGCCGGUGAAGUACUUGUUGAUUUGCACUUCGUAGGUAACAAGGACUCUGAGAAGUUUGUCCACUUGGAACUCUUCCACCCAGCUGUAGGAUCACACCACUUAUUCCUUAAAUUCGCUGCCGGUGCUGUUCCUGGUGAUGGUGUUGUUCUUGGCAUGGGUGCCUUUGUAGUUGGUGUUCAUGGAUUAGUCGCUGGACUUCCUGAACUUGCUGGUCUUCCUGCACAUCCAUUUGUACAUGCAUUGGCUGCUCAUGCUGCUCAUCUUGCCCAUCACGGUGUUCAUGCUGCACUCAAGGCCGAUGGUGGUCUUGUUGUUGCCGCUUAA